AUGUGCAGUGGCAAGCUGCCGACGGGUUUGCUGGUGACUGGCUACUUCAUCUACCUGCUGGUGGGUGCGGCUGUGUUCCAGGCACUGGAGAGGACUGCUGAGCAGCAGGGAAAAGCAGCAGCUGCCCAGAUGAAGGAGGCGUUUCUGCAGGAAUUCACCCAGCUCACAGGGGCGGAGAUGGAGCAGUUUAUGAAGAACCUGACUGAAGCCAUUCAGAAUGGAGUCUUCCCACUUGGAAAUGAAUCACAAAUUGAAGACAGCAACUGGGAUUUCAGCAGCUCCUUCUUCUUUGCAGGCACAGUUGUCUCCACAAUAGGCUAUGGCACGCUACAUCCUAAAACUGCUGGGGGACAGAUCUUCUGUGUGUUUUUUGCUCUGUUUGGAAUCCCUCUGAAUAUUGUUUUUCUGCACCGUGUUGGUAAGAUGCUCUCCCUGCUGUGUAAAAAGCUUGGAAAAUACCUGCACGAGAAAGGAAUGAGGAAGAAGAAGAUCAAAUUUCUGACCCUUUUGUUCUUCUUGGUUACGGGGGUCCUAGUUUUUCUGUGCUUGCCAUCACUUUUCUUCCAGAUAACAGAGGGCUGGUCCUACAGCGAAGGAAUUUACUUUGCAUUUAUCACCCUCAGCACCAUUGGCUUUGGAGACUAUGUAGUAGGUAAACAGCCUGGCAGGAAAUACUUCUCCUGCUACCGAACACUGGUGGCCAUUUGGAUUCUUUUUGGCCUUGCCUGGAUUGCUCUCCUGUUUAAUUUACUGACAACGGUACUAGAAGAUACUGAAAAAAUAAUCGUCAAGGAUCUACAUCAAAUUGGAAAGGUGAGUAAGGACAAUGAAGCAAACCAACAAAGAAGAUGCUGGCCUGCUCGGUUUAUUCCAGAAGAACUACUACCACCACGUGCUGGAGGGGAUGCACAGAAAAUGGAGUCACUACCAGCAGAUGCUGAACAUGCAAAAAGUGAAAACAAAAUGUCUUACAACAAAACUGUUGUCAUAACACAUGAGAAUUGA